AUGAAGCGACAGCGAAUGAGAACGCGCAGUCUAAAGCUACUGGCCCAGACAUACAAUCAUUUAGCGCAGAAACUUAAUGGUCUUACCGAGUCCGGAUACAAAAAAAAUGGAGCACAGUCGCUGGAUGCCGCAUCGGAGGUCAAACGUUCUACUCGGUACUGUUAG